CAUUUUGUUUGACGUUUAUAAGUUUUUGAUUAGCUAGCAAGUAAAAACAGAAAAUAUACAAAUUACAAAUAAAAAUAACUAAAAACAAAACGUGAAGCAAAUACUUUAAUUCGUUUAAUAUUCUGUAAAGAAUUCUUAAAUAUGACUACUCCACCAAAAUUUCCUGGAACAGGAUUGGAAGAGGUCAAUAUACCAGGCCAGGCGUUUCUACGUGAAGCUCUAACAUCCUGCACAGAUCCUUUGAAAGCAAUAGAAAGUUUCCAGUUAGAAAAUGGUGUACUGCUGCCCUCAUUACGGCCAAUGCUGCCUCUUCUCGAUUUGCACGGUGUCCGCCGACUUGACUUCCACACGUCUCUCAUGGAGGAACUACGAGAAAAACUUAUCGGACGAAUCAAUGAACUCGGACAAAAAGAUUCCCGCGAAAGGGACAAAAAACUUAAAGAAUUGCUUGUUAAGAGUUUUCCUGUAGUACGGGUCAAAGCUCUGCGUCCCGUGGUUAUGUCAAUUCUAAGGAACACAACUCAUAUCGAUGAUAAGUAUUUGAGAAUUUUAGUUCGUGACCGAGAGCUGUACUCGGACACAGACACAGAGGUUAAACGGCAAAUUUGGAGAGAUAACCAGUCGUUGUUUGGUGACGAAGUCUCGCCGCUUCUUUCGCAAUACAUACGAGAAAAAGAACACGUACUUUUCGAUCACACAAAUCUUAAUAACCUAUUCUUCCAUCCAUCACCAAAACUACGACGGCAAGGAGAAGUUGUCCAGAAACUAGCCAAUAUGAUAGGAACUAGUGUAAAACUGUACGAUAUGGUCCUGCAGUUUCUUCGAACUCUUUUUCUGCGUACUCGCAAUGUUCAUUAUUGUACGCUUCGCGCUGAGCUGUUGAUGGCUCUGCAUGAUCUAGAGGUCCAAGAUAUAAUAUCUGUAGAUCCAUGUCAUAAGUUUACGUGGUGUUUGGAUGCUUGCAUUCGAGAGAAAAACGUAGACAUUAAACGUUCGCGGGAACUACAAGGAUUUCUGGACAAUAUAAAACGCGGUCAAGAACAAGUUUUGGGUGAUCUUUCAAUGACCCUCUGCGAUCCAUAUGCAAUUAACUUCCUUGCAACAUCUGCUAUUAAGAUCCUGCAACACCUCAUCAACAAUGAAGGCCUUCCGCGAGACAACACUAUUCUUAUUUUACUUUUGCGUAUGUUAGCACUUGGUUUGAGUGCCUGGGUUAUGAUCGACUCCCAGGAUUUCAAGGAACCCAAACUUGACAGUCAAGUUGUGACUAAGUUUCUGCCGGCGCUGAUGUCUCUAAUGGUGGAUGAUCAAUGUCGUAGCUUGCAUGCUAAACUCCCACCAGAUGAAAGAGAGAGCGCAUUGACUACAAUCGAACAUUCCGGCCCAGCUCCAGAUGCUGUUGAGGCUUAUAUACAAGAAAGCUCAGUAGCAGCAAUAUUAGCUAUGUAUUAUACGCUACACACAGCACGGCAGAAAGAUCGAAUGGGCGUUUUGCGGGUGUUAGCUAUUUUGUCGGCGUGCAAAGAUGAUAGAGCCUAUGAAGACCCAUUUUUACAUUCAUUGAUUGCACUUUUGGUUCCGAUGUCGGAAGAGUUCACAACUGAAGACUUUUGCACAACACUUUUCGAUGAGUUUCUUUUCGCUGGUCUGACUAGAGAUAACGUUACCAGACAUAUGCUUAAGUUACUUUGGUACAUCCACAGCAAGUUGCCUGCAGGCCGCCUGGCUACUUUAGUGAAAGCUAUGCAGCCGACCACAGCCCAUAAUGAAAACGUACACAAAUUGUAUGAGUCGCUACAAGAACGGAUCGGAAGUACAAUGUUGGAAACACCGGUUGUCGAACCACCUGAAGCUGAUUUCGAUUCUCCAUUGAAGAAUGUUCCAACUCCAGGGCCGCAUUAUUUACAAUAAAUUUUUUUAUAAACAAUAUAUUCUUAUGACAAAUAAAGGUUAUACUAAAAAAAAGCAAAGUUAAUUAAGAUACGUUAAAAGCCUAGACAAUUA